UAACGAGGGUUGGCAUUUUUGUAAAAAGUGUUUUUGGUAUCGUUUUUGAUUAAAUUCUUCGGAGAGAAAGUAAGAAAAACAAUAUAAAAUUUGUUAUUAUAUUACAACUAACAACACAUAAUGAAAUGGUUAUAGAAGAUUUUAUUAAAGCUAACACACAUACAAAUACAUUCAGGAACAAAAAUAUGACAGUUUAGCAAAAAUAUUUGUAUCAGAACAUCAUUCAAACAAACAGACUGUCCAAAACUAAAACUACAGAAAAAGGAACAAAUAUGACAGGAUAGCAAAAUUAUUUUUAGUAGAAAGCCAACAACAAAAAAGACCACAAUCAGGAAAUUAAUUAUCUAACUAAAAUUUCCUAAUGGAGAAUGAAGAAAAGCAAUCCAGAGAAACAUGCGAAGAAGUAAAAAACACACGACUCAAAACACAAAUACGUCAAACGGUAUCUUCUCCAGAAACGGUAAAUUCUAUCAGAACAGAAAGUGUUAGUGACUGGUCGAGAUUUUCAGAGUGGAUUCGCUGCAUUUGCGUUGUGACUUUCGACUUGGAACUUGGUCAGGCCAUUGAGGUUAUCUAUCCUGAGAAGUUUGCUCCAUCUGAAAAAGAAAAAACAAAUAUAUGCUAUUUAGCAUUUCCAGACUCGAAUUCAGGAUGCAUGGGAGAUACGCAGUUUCAUGUAAGGUUGAGACUAGCUCCAGACACAAAUUGUCACCACCACGAUGGAAAAAACAAAAGCCCUACGUCGUUGAGCAUAGAACAUAAACGUUUUAAUGCACAGUGCAAUGCUGCCCAGAAGUCCGACAAAGCACAUUAUUGGGGAUUUGUGUACUUUCGCCAACGAAAGGAAGCAUCCUUGCCACGUGGUUAUUUCCAAAAGAGUUUUAUAAUACUAACGAGGCUUCCUUUUUUUAAUUUGUUUAACGAAAUACUCUCUCAAUUGGCUCCAAUGUACUUUUUACAUGGCUUAAGCGUAAUCGAAUCAGCUUGUUCACAAGUGGCUUACUGGCCACCUUUGGUAGCUGGUGAAUUCUUAAGGCUUCCAUUAUUUGAGAUUGCCUACCAAAUAAUUAUCCCACAAGCAAAUAGUAAAAGUGGUUGUAAUAGCGGCAGCUGUAGCAGCACCAGUAGAAGCAAUUCAAAAAAUUUAACAAAAACAUCAGACAAUGAAAAUUAUAAUUUAGAAAAUCAACAAAAACAGCCAAAUUGUAAUGUUUACUCUAUUUUACAAACAAAAAAUAUCUCAUCAGUAAAUGAAAUUGACGUUUUUCGAAGCUUGUCUUGCGUUAUAUCUAAUGUGUACACAUUGUGGGAGCUAGUAUUGACAGCUGAGCCAAUUGUUGUUAUCGGAUCAUCUCCAGCGGAUACUUCACAUAUGGUGCAGUCAUUGGUUUCACUUAUUGCUCCACUUGAAUACUGUGCUGAGGCCCGCCCCUACUUUACAAUCCACGAUAGUGAGUUCAAGGAAUUUACAAGAGAACAUCAAGCCCAAUCGACAGCAGCAUUGCCGCCAAGUAUAAUAAUUGGUGUGACAAAUCCAUUCUUUGUGAAGCUUUUGAAAGAUUGGCCGCACAUGAUUCGGAUACCUCACAGCAAUAAUUUUAACUUGUCAUCGCAUCUAGCAACGCCGACAUCUGCAACAUCAAAUAUUUCGAAUUCUUCUUUAACAGCUACAGUUGUAAAUAAAAGAAUAGCAACUGCAACUGAUAAUUCCGUUGUUCUUAGCACAAAGUACAAACCUUUCUUAAAAAAAGACAAAGUUCUAAUCAAGAAAAUUGUACUCGGUGUAAACACAAAACGACCUGAACAUGUUCAAUCGGCCCUUUUGCGACGAAAUUUACUUGAACUUACCCAAAGCUUCAUGAUACCACUCGAACGAUAUAUGGCAUCGUUAAUGCCACUUCAGAGGGAUAUCAGUCCGUUUAAGUCGGCUCCAAGUCCAAAUCAAUUCAAGCAAGACGAUUUUUUAGCCACCUUAGAUCAAUCUGGACCUCAUUUAACAUCUCCGUUAAAAGGUAACUGGAAAGGCCUAUAUCAGCGUUUCUUUAACUCACCGAAUUUCAAGGGCUGGUAUGAGACACGCCACAAAGAACUACAGCGAACACUUCAAUCUAUACAGUUGCAAGCAUUAUCAGGAGCGGAUUUGAAUCAAUGGGCUCAAGGAAAACAAGAAGUUGAGAUAAUCGAUAUGAUAAUUAAAUUGAAGCAAAAACUAAAUCUAUCAUCAAUUGAUACUAAUAAUUCAAAUUUAGUUAGUAGUAAUGAAGAAUUAAUUGCUGGCACACAGACCCAACUGAACGAAACAAGAAAAAAACUUUUAUAUCAAAUUGAAAGUAUGAAGCAAUCUCUACCUGACGACCUGAAGACUAUACUUUUUGAUACGUGAUAAAUAAGUGGCACUCGCAAUAACACUGACAACCUCUUUUUUUUAGUUUAUUUGUCAAUAAAUUAAAGUAAUAUUGAUAAAAUUCUAGCUUAAAGUGUAAAAUUUAAAAUGUAUUUAUCCUCUCACUGACUUCUGUUAUUCAGUGAAUGGAGAAAAGUUUAUCCUAAGCAAAUAUACGACAUUUUUGUACCUAUA